AUUCCUCGGAAGCCCUUCUUGUGGUCCCUCUUCCCCGUUCCUCUUGGAGUCCUGGACUGUAGCGGCCAGCUCUUUGCCUAGCUGCGGACCAAGGAAAGCAGGGGCCAGGGCGAACUCCCGGCUUUCGCGAGCUCAGGUCCUGGGCUGGGCGUGCAGCGCCAAGUCCCGCCCCCGGCGCGUCUGUUCAUCGAAUGCGCACGCGCGUCUCCCAGCGGCUCCGCCUAUCACCGUGAGACGUCGGCGGCGCGCGGCGCGCUCGCCCCAUAAAUGCUGUGGCGCCUGGGGUAGGAGCACUUCGGCCUGGAGCGCCUGGACGUCCGGACGUUUGGCUGGGUUGCGGCCCGAGACAGAGCCCGCCCCUGUUUCUCGCUGUGCCAUGGCGGACGAGGGGAAGUCAUACAACGAGCACGAUGACCGAGUUAAUUUCCCUCAAAGAAGAAAGAAAGGCCGGGGCCCUUUCCGGUGGAAGUAUGGUGAGGGGAACCGGAGGUCUGGAAGAGGAGGUUCUGGCAUUCGGUCUUCCCGCACUGAGGACGAUGACAGAGAUGUGGCAAUGAGCGAUGCCCAGGAUGUUCCCCGAGUACGAUACACCCCCUACGCUGCACGACCGAACCGCCGGGGUGAUAAUUGGCAGGAGCGGACUCGAAUUCAUAUUACCGUGCCUGUGGGGAGAGAUCGAGCUCCUGCAGAGAGGGGAGGGGCUGGCACCAGCCAGGAUGGGACCUCAAAGAACUGGUUUAAGAUUACUAUUCCUUAUGGCAGGAAAUAUGACAAGGCAUGGCUCCUGAGCAUGAUUCAGAGCAAGUGCAGUGUCCCCUUCACUCCCAUUGAGUUUCACUAUGAAAACACACGGGCCCAGUUUUUUGUUGAGGACGCCAGUACUGCCUCUGCAUUGAAGGCUGUCAACUACAAGAUUUUGGAUCGGGAGAACCGCAGGAUAUCUGUCAUCAUCAACUCCUCUCCUCCGCCACAUACUGUGCAGAAUGAGCUAAAGCCCGAACAAGUAGAGCAGCUAAAGCUGAUCAUGAGCAAACGAUACGAUGGCUCCCAACAAGCACUUGACCUCAAGGGCCUCCGUUCAGACCCAGAUUUGGUGGCCCAGAACAUUGAUGUUGUCCUAAAUCGUAGAAGCUGUAUGGCAGCUACCCUGAGAAUCAUUGAAGAGAACAUCCCUGAGCUAUUGUCCUUGAACUUGAGCAAUAACAAGCUAUACAGGCUGGAUGACUUGUCCAGCAUUGUGCAGAAAUCACCCAAUCUAAAGAUCCUAAAUCUUUCUGGAAAUGAGCUAAAGUCUGAGCGGGAGUUGGACAAGAUAAAAGGGUUGAAGUUAGAAGAGCUGUGGCUUGACCGAAACACCCUGUGUGACACCUUCCGAGACCAGUCCAGCUACAUCAGCGCCGUUCGAGAGCGAUUUCCCAAAUUAUUACGCUUGGAUGGCCAUGAGUUACCCCCACCAAUUGCCUUUGAUGUUGAAGCCCCCACAACGUUACCACCUUGUAAGGGAAGCUAUUUUGGAACAGAGAUCCUGAAGAGUCUGGUCCUGCAUUUCCUGCAGCAGUACUAUGCGGUGUAUGACUCUGGAGACCGUCAGCGGCUCCUGGAUGCCUACCAUGAUGGGGCCUGCUGUUCCCUGAGCAUUCCUUUCACCCCCCAGAAUCCUGCCCGAAGCAACUUGGCCGAGUACUUCAAGGAUAGCAGGAAUGUGAAGAAACUUAAAGAUCCUACCCUGCGUUUCCGGCUGCUGAAGCACACACGUCUCAACGUUGUGGCCUUCCUCAAUGAGUUGCCCAAAACUCAGCAUGACAUCAAUUCCUUUGUGGUAGACAUAAGCGCCCAGACAAGCACAUUGCUGUGUUUUUCUGUCAAUGGAGUCUUCAAAGAAGUGGAUGGAAAGUCUCGGGACUCCUUGCGAGCCUUUACCCGGACGUUUGUUGCUGUUCCUGCCAGCAAUUCAGGGUUGUGCAUCGUAAACGAUGAGCUGUUUGUGCGGAAUGCCAGUCCUGAUGAGAUCCAAAGAGCCUUUGCCAUGCCUGCACCCACACCUUCCUCCAGCCCCGUGCCCACCCUCUCCCCAGAGCAGCAGGAAAUGCUGCAGGCAUUCUCUACCCAGUCUGGCAUGAACCUUGAGUGGUCCCAGAAGUGCCUUCAGGACAACAACUGGGACUACACCAGAUCUGCCCAGGCCUUUACCCAUCUCAAGGCCAAGGGUGAGAUCCCAGAAGUGGCAUUCCUGAAGUGAUCCAGUCGUGCCCCAGAAAGAGACCUGUAAAUAGUCCUUGGAUGUACUGAUGUCUCCUCUCCGGCCCCGAGGCCACCCUGUAACUGUGACCGAGGAGGGAGGACAGCUGGAUCCCUCUCCUCACCUACCUUCCAGAAGACUUCCAGAAGAUUGAGCCUUCCUGGUGCCAGGAAGCCAAAGCUUACUUUGUAGAACUGACACUAAACUACCAGAAGGACUUAGGUGCUUUGUGUACUUAACCCCAGGAUGCUCCUUACUUUUUAAGAUAAAGAGUGGUAUUGUA